AUGUAUCAACCGACAAACCAUAUUCACUACAAUUAUGAAUCAACGAAUAUUUCUGAAACCGCAAAUGUAAUGGUGCAAAUACAACUCAUAGAUUAUAUUAACCAAGGGCUUAAACUUCCCAAAGGACAGACUUGUGUUUGUCCAAGUGAAUUUUCGUGCAGUUAUCUCGGUACCUCUGUUCCGCGGUGUUAUAUGUCAUUUACAGUUAUUCUACUAUUACCAGAUGAAUCGGUGAAGUACUUCUCAACUGAAUUUAUGCCGUUAACUUCUUCCGGAAACAUUGAUAUUGACAGCAUGUCACCGCACCAAAAACAAAAUUGGCAACAGCUCCGCACUUUCUACCUUGCUUCAAAACCGUCAGCUAUCGAUGUAUUCGUUCAUCAUAUGGGUGCCGUUAUCAAUGCUCAUACAGGUGAGCUAACACAGAUUCAAACUGUUGUUCACGUUGAUACUUUCAUUUUACCGUUGAAUUCCGUGAUACCGUCUGUUGGAAAUGAUUAUUUAUCAAUGCAAUCGAAAAAUCUCAAUGGUGUCAUUCUCCAAACACAGUUAACAGUUGCAUAUUCAGUACAGUGUAAGGGUACUUUAAUUGGACGAAAUUGUGAUUUAAUUUGCAAAGAAGCAGUCGUAAAUACAGCAAUAGCAGUAUGUCAAUCUAAUACGACAAACUUUUUCUACACAUGCACUUACAUGGAAAAUGGACAGGUCCAUAAUUGCUUGCCAUGUCCAUGGGGAAUUACUCAAGAAUCGUUUUGUCAAAAUUCCAGUGGCGGUAUUCUUGCUCCUUCUUCUGCAGAUGUGGUAUCAUCCAGUUUUAAAGUUGCAACAAUAGUUCUUGGUAUUCUUGUCAGCAUUCUGCUCAUUCUUCUUAUUCUCGUGACAAUCUAUUCUAUACUAAUUUGCAAACGAUUGAAAGGGGAUAUACAUUCUUACAAUUCAGGGCAUAAUUACAAGUCAACAUUGGGAACUGAAGGCAACGCUAAUCGUCCACUGUUGCAGUCAACCAAUAAUAUGCCAAAUAAUCGAAUUAGACUGGCACCAAUUGCUGCACCUCGUUCAAUUCCUCAACUUGACGCUUUACCAGCUAAAUCAUCGCUUCGAAAAGCGACACCAUUACCAUCGGCGCAGAUUUAUGGUGCAUCAUCCCUUAAUGAUACCUUGAACAGCACUCUUUCUAGUGUACCUUUACCACCAAGUAAGGAAGCGGACGUGUGA